AUGGGUUCGAGCGCAAAGAGGAAGAAGGAAAAGAAGAAGGAUUUCCAGAAGCCGAAGCUGAAGGUCGGCAAGACAAAACCCAAGGCUGACAACUUCACCGAUACUAGCUUCAAGGCGAAAUCAAUCAUCGUCAAGGAGCAGUCGAUACACACCAAUGCGCCAACCGUAACUGUCCAGUUUACGCACCAACUAGGCCUCCUUACCCACAAGUCCGACACCCAAAGGCGUGAAUCUCUCUCCUAUCUCACAAACUCCGUGACCGCUGCGCGCAGCCAGGAUGUGCCUCUCCCGCAGCCCGUCUCGGUCAUCGUCCCGAAGAUCCUCUCGCUCAUCUACGACAACUCGAACGGCGUGCGCCAGCAACUCCUCAAGCUGCUGCAGGCGCUGCCACCCGCCGACCUACGCCCGCACGUCGAAGAACUUCUGCGGCGCACGCGCGCCGGCAUGACCAGCCUGUCGACCGACGUGUGCACGACCUCCUUCGACGUCCUGGACUGGCUGCUGCAGACGCACCCGGACGCGACCGUCAGCUGCGCCGGCGGCUGGGUGCACACGCUGCGCUGCUUCACGAGCGUGCUGGGCUGGCGUGACCCGGGCGCCGCAGGCGGCCAGAAAUGGACGACGACGGCCGCCGCGAACACGUCGUCGUCCUCGCACGCCAACGCCGAGAAGCUGAAGAAGCUGCGCUACCGUCAGCUCGUCGCGCUCGCCGCCUUCCUGAAGGCCGGCAUCGCUGCGGACGCCGAAGCCGCGCGUGCUGCGCGGGAGGAAGAAGAGGCGCGUGUGGCUCGCGCGUGGUUCCCGCUGCACCAUCAUGCGCAGUGCCAUAUGCUGCUGAACCAGAGCCCGAAUGGGUUUGCUCAUCUGAAUCUUUUUGGCGCGCCGAAGGAUGAGGAUGGCCAGAUGUAUACGGAUAGGCAGGGUAGGCAGCAGGUCUUCGCGAGGCUGAUCCAACCUGCGAUUGUCAGUGGGCUGCAAAAUGCGAAGAAGGAGGGUGGACAGAUUGGCAGGGCUGCAGGAGAGGUGGAAAAAGUCAUGCAGGAAAGCAUGAGUGACUAUGAUGGAGGAGAACUCUAA